AAGGACGCAUCCUGCGAGGGGAGACGGAGGAGCAGGGAGCUGUGGGGGAGGAAACAUCCUCUCAUGCUUACAUUCACAUCCCUCCCUCUCUCUCUUUCUCUCACUCACUCGCAUCCUCCAGGAGAGCGAGGUAAGGAUGUGGUGGAGCGCUUUGUGAACGGAGUCAGUGAGGCAGCUGAGAUGAGCACAUCAGAGCUGGAGUCAGAAGAGAGCGCAGCUGCCCUAACAUGCUUCCCUUGACACUGCACAGCUACCUCUGCGCUCGAAUGAAGGUUUGCAGUCGAAGCUGAGGAUGGCAGGAGAUUCUCGCGUCCACAUGGACCACGACAUGGAAAUAGGAGUGACUCCAAGAGAGCAGGUGAAGAAACUCCCCAAGCAUCUGAGGGAAGCACAAAUCCCCACAGAUCGCACCCACCUCAUCUCUGAUCCUGUUAAGAAACCCCGCCAGCGCUAUGUACAGAAAGACGGCAAGUGCAAUGUUCAUCAUGGAAAUGUUCAAGAGACCUAUCGUUAUCUCAGCGACCUCUUCACAACACUGGUUGACUUACGUUGGCGCCUAAGUUUCUUCAUUUUCACCUUGGUCUACGUGGUCAACUGGCUCUUUUUUGGGGUUUUGUGGUGGCUCAUUGCACUAAUACGAGGAGAUCUUCUGCACGGCGAUGAGGAGGGCUGGACCCCUUGUGUUGAAAACCUCAACAGCUUUGUCUCUGCUUUUCUCUUUUCCAUUGAAACCGAGACCACCAUUGGCUAUGGCUAUCGUGUCAUCACAGAGAAGUGCCCAGAAGGGAUUAUACUUCUACUGGUGCAGGCCAUCUUGGGGUCCAUUGUAAACGCCAUGAUGGUAGGUUGCAUGUUUGUAAAGAUCUCACAGCCCAAGAACCGAGCAGAGACGCUGAUGUUCUCCCACAAGGCCGUGAUCUCAGUGAGGGACAGCAAGAUGUGCCUGAUGUUCAGAGUGGGUGACCUGCGGAAUUCGCACAUUGUGGAAGCAUCAAUCCGCGCUAAGCUCAUUCGUUCACAGCAGACGAAGGAGGGUGAAUUUAUACCUCUCAACCAGACGGACAUCAACAUUGGCUUUGACACAGGAGACGAUCGCCUCUUUUUGGUAUCACCUCUCAUUAUCUCCCACGAGAUCAAUGAGAAGAGUCCUUUCUGGGAGAUGUCCCGGGCACAGAUGGAGAAGGAAGAGUUUGAGAUUGUCGUCAUCUUGGAGGGCAUGGUCGAAGCUACAGAAACCAUAAGUCUUUCGGAAUGGCUUCAAGGAGCAAGUUGCGUAUUAACUGCCAAGCUCUGUAGAGCAGUUGACCUCAAUGAAUUUUCCAUGAUUUUUUGUGGUAAGAGAGAGAUUUAGAGGUCAUUCAUUUAAAUAUACAAAACUGCAACACAUUAUUCAUUUGCUGACAAUGCUGAGUCAUCCCUUCCUAAAGCAUGCUGACUGCACAAAAUAACAUUCAAGAACUGACAAGAAGAUAAAUGUUUCAAUAUUGAUGCUAAGGCUAUAUUUCCAACACGUGAGUAAUGUUGGGUUUGAGAGCCUCUUGUUGUCCGGCUAGCCAUGUCCUUGCAAACCUGUCCAGGCUGGAGUUGUAGAAAGAGGUGAAAGGUGAUGAAAGUACUCCGGGUAUGUUCCACUCUGCUGGAGGGGAUCCUUUGGAAAGCUUAUUGGAGCAAAAAAAAAAAAAAAGUUUAUUUUUCCACUCUUCAUUUUAAUUAACAUUGUUCCAGUUCUCAGGUCAUUGAUACUCAAUAACGGUCAGGCAGUUCAAUGAGAAAACUGUUUUUAAAAUGUCUUUGAGACCACAGUUUCGGUAUUAUACUUUAAGACAUUUGGACUAAUACACAAUCCAAAACAAAACAGAAAGCCCAAGGUGUUGUGGCAUUCAAAUUGAUUGUUAAUAAUGCUGUUGAUGUGGAGUUACUGUGGCAGUGCUUGCAUAGUUUGUUCAGUCUGCAUCUAAUUUUAAGUCUAUUACCUUAAAAAAUAGUCAUAUUCCACUUAACAUAAUCAAAUGAAAAUACAUUUAAGCACCGACUGUACAAAAUUAACCGAUAUGAUUUUGAUACCUGGUCUUCAGCAGCAAAAUUGUAAUCUGAAUAUAUAAAAGUGAAUGGAUUAUCUCGAUACCCUAUUCUCGGCUGCUGUUUUGUUGACCUUGCAGAAAACUGUGGGCAGUAUUGAUCUGAGUAGAUCUCCUUAUUCUCAGGGUUGUUUAGGGAAUAAAGAGGCCUCUAUUGUCUAAUGUGUCUACACUAAUUGCAGAUUCAUUCCCAGGCUGAAACAUUUCCCAUGGUUUAUUAGAUAUCUUAGGUGAAUGUUUGCAGUUCAAAUUAUGUAUUGGGCGUUUAUCCAAAACGAACUUGCACUGCUAAUAUAAAUCCAAUUCAUUAUACAUGCUUCCCUGUGAAGGCAUCGUGUUUUCUGCUUAUUUUGCAGUGAAUACCAAUGAGGAAUCAACAAAGAAAAGCUGAAAAGCAUCGUAUGAUGAAAUUUUCAUACAUUCAUAAUGCAAAAAUUUGCAUGUUUGGAAGUUUUUGUACCACAAACAUGCAGUUGUUAUUGACUGAAAUAUCCAAGGAACUAAUGGAGAGAAUUUAAUCUUGCACUAACCUUGCUCUGUGCCCUAGAUGCCAUAUGACAUAUCAGCAGUCUCCUCAACCUUCCUAUCACUUUGAAAUGUUUUCCACUUUCCACUGUGGAGAUGUGCAUACCUAAGCACAUGUCAAUAGCUAUGGGCUAUGAUGCCAUUGAUCUACUGAAGCCUGUGUAAAUGAUGACUUUGACAGAUUACCAGGUAUAGAUUAGGGUGCUACAGGCCAGGAUAAACCUACCAAUAGGCUCGCUGGCCUCUCUCAGAUCGAAGUCUACUCCCACUUGCUAAUGAGGGAUGAUGGCUUCCUUUUGAUGUGCAGUAGAGCGCUAAUGACCUGGUGAGUCCAGUAAGGUCACAAACAACCUCAUAUAUGAUUUGUAGAAUAUAGCAAUGUUUUAAUUUAGCCCUGGCAUGUGUCAGAGAUUACUGAUAGCCACUUUGGUCUAGUCUAUUAUUUUUCCAGUACUGAGGGUCAGGAGAUCUAGAGUGAUUCUCUUGAGUACUGCUUGCAAUUUGCAUGAACCUGAUGAGACUCUAAUGAUGGUUAGUUUGAUGUAAAUUGCAAUAUUUAAUUGUUGCAACAUAAGCGGUUUUCAUUUUAGAAAUGCCUGAUCUUGAGUGAUAUGUCACAAAUAACAGCCUUUCCCCAGUGAAAGGUUCAUGCCACUGCAGAACAUGAUAUAUUUGAUCCACUCUUUUCUAAAAGCGAGUGAGCUGACUACACAGGAAGAAUUGUAAAGCGUCGCAGACACACUUCUGAAUUUAAAGCACUUUGUUUACCCAUGUUCUACCUUCUAAAAAGAGGCAAAUUGCUGAGAAGGCAAAUGCAUUGCAAUGAAAUAUACCUAUUUGGAAAGAAUCAAAUAGUAAAAAAACUGACUGUUUUACCACAAAAAAAAAAAUAAUAAUAAUAAAACCAACAUUAAAAUAUAUUGACAGUCAAGCCUCUGGUGCAUUUCAUAUGAAUGUGCACUAAGUCUGAUGCAUUUGUAAUACUUUCAAACUAGCUAUUAUGCAGUACAAUUAAUGCUGAAACUUUAGCAGCAGGUCAAAAAUGUCUAUCAAUAUGGAUUUAAAAUCAAUUGGUGUUAGUGAUCAAAGAUCUGGAUCAUAUUAGAGACAAAUAACCUGUCACUGAAUGAUUGUCUUCUUGUCAACAUAAUGAAUGACUGAAGCACAGCACCCCAUUGAGUGCUCAUAACCAACGGCAUCUACUAAAUAUGUCCGGUGGCAUUAAGAUAAGCUUAUCUGUGUUUUUAGGUAACGUCCAUUAACUUUCCAUUUAUUUUGUUAUUAAUGAGUCUCAAACCCAUAGAUAAGACCUUGCUUUGAAUUAAUGUUCUAUAACUAAUAUAGAUUUUUAAAGGCCAACUUUAUGAGGUGGUGUUUUGAUUAAGAGAGGAACUGUGGAGGCAGUUUAAAGGUUACUGAUGUGUGCUUGAGCGGUUUAAAUUUUAACACUGACAAUUACUGUUGAAUUUUCAUUUAAAGCUCAAAUAAUCCUGGAGAGAAGUCUGGCGUCCUCUGAAGGCAGUGCUUUUCAGUUCUUGCGUUUUUGCCACUCAUGAACCAUUAGAUAAGUCCUUGUUCAGUAACAAUAUAAUUAGUGGAUUAUUAUUAUUAUU